AUGGAAUCUGCUGACUCAAGAAGCUCCAACUUUGUGUUUAUGCAGGGUGCUUCCUCUAGUUUUAGUGGCAGCAGAGAAACGGGCGGAAGAAGAAUGGUGGAUUACAACGAUGAAAGUAGUGAUCAUGACGACGCACAUACUUCCAACAGAAAAGAUCAAGUGGGAGAAGAAGAGGAAGAAGAAGAAGAAGGAACCGGAGAUCAUUCACAAGGAGAAUCUGUGGAAGAGUCCCAAACCAAGAAAAAUGGUUCAUCCGACAAUCUGGAUCCCUUAACGGAGGCCUUCAACAGUUACCAGAAUUUGCAAGAAGCCCUUAAUAAAGAACUUGAAAAAUUUCAAGAGCUUGGGAAAGAAGAAACUAUAUCAUCACUACAUGAUGGAGCAGAGAGCAGCGGCUGCAUACACGCAGGACAUGAAGGAGCUAGUGAAGCAAGUUCUUCUCACCUGUUUGGGUCUGGAAAUGUGGGAGAAUUGGGACAAACUUCUCUAGAUUCCGAGAUUCUAAACCUGGUGAACAAUGUAAGGCAUCUGGAGAGCAAACUAGAAGAAACAAAGUGUGUUCUCGAGGUUAAAGAGUCACAAAUCCGUGAACUCGAAUCCACUAGAAGCGUUUCUGAGCCGUGUAAUUCAGGAACAGAGAUCAGUGUCGAAGACAUUUUCCAGCAAAAGGUGGAGGCAGAGAUUGAAUAUCUUGUAUUCUCAAGAUCAGUGGGUGACCUAAAGAGACAGAUCAAAGUGGUUGAAGAAGAGAAGAUGUUGGCUGAGAAUGAAGCUCAUAAGAUGCUGUCAAAGCUUGGAGAAGCAGAAACCAAAGCUGAGAAUCUAAAGAACCAAGCUCAAGAUUUGCAAAGCCAUUGUGUAGAGAUCACAGAGAUCCAAGAAGCGAAGAGCUUCAAGAAGAGAGUACUUAAAACCACUUCAUGUCUUCUUCUACAGUUAGGCUUGCUCUUUAUGUUGUUUAAUUUACAGUCAACGCCAGAGUCAGAGAUUGUUGUUCCCACAUGA